AUGAAGCUAGCAGGGGUGAGACCCCAAACCCUAGAGAUCGAACCAGGAACUGUAAUGAACUUCUGGGUUCCUUCUGAAACCAACUCGAAAAAGUCGAAGCCAGCCGUGGUCUUUCUUCACGGGUUUGCAGUGGACGGCAUCAUAACAUGGCAAUUUCAAGUCCUAUCUCUCGCCAGAGACUACGCCGUUUACGUACCCGAUCUUAUCUUCUUCGGUGGAUCCAUCACGGAUAAACCCGACCGGUCGCCGGAGUUCCAAGCCGAGUGUGUGGCGAAGGGUUUGAGGAAGCUUGGGGUGAAGAGGUGCACCCUUGUGGGGUUGAGCUACGGAGGCAUGGUGGGGUUUAAGAUGGCGGAGCUGUACCCUGAUAUGGUUGAGGCCGUUGUCUUGACUUGCUCCGUUAUGGCUUUGACCAAGUCCGUUAGCGACGCCGGACUUGGGAGGAUUGGGUUCUCACGGUGGACGGGUUACUUGCUUCCCGACUCUGUCAAAGGAGUAAUGUUUGACAACCGCAAGGAGAGGGAAGAACUUCUUGAGGCUUUGGUCAUCCGUGACGAAGAUUUCACCGUGCCUAACUUUCCACAGGUUUGA